AUGAUGCGGGCAUCAUUACUCGGCUUGGCUACAAGCCUGCUGGUACUGCUACAACCUCAAUCGGUUGUCGCAAGUCCAUCCGUCAAUGUUGCCCUGCGAGCUUCAUUUGACGCCGGUCCAUACCUAGUGGAACUCUUAGAAACAGCCGCCCAAGAAAACGCUACAUCAUACUUCCCCCUCCUCGACCGCAUCGCCUCCGGCAUCUUCGAAGAUGCCACCCACGACAAAGACCUCUACGAAUCCUUUCUCCAAGUACUCAUACAAGACAACCACCUCCAAAACAAGGAAAACCUAGACUCCUUCAAAUUCGCACUUGCAAUUCGUUCCGCCGCCCCACGAAUCCAGGCGCAUUACCAAUAUUAUAAUACCUCCGUGGCAUCGACGUUGGGAACUGGUCAGGACGCUGCUUGCCCCGUGUGGGUGCAUAUGGAUGGGAAGCAAUACUGUUCUUCUACGCUGGAACGCGCCCAGCAGGAUGUUUCUGGUGAUAAGGACCCGCGCGAACUACCCUUUGAUCGGACUCUAGGGGACACAUCUGCCACGCCAGCGGUUCUUUAUGCGGAUAUUGCGUCGCCAAUGUUUGCGGAUUAUCAUCGGACAUUGAAAGCGUUAGCGGACGAAGGUCAGAUUGCGUAUAGAGUGCGGUAUCGACCGCCUCAUGAUGGUGUUUCCCGGCCUCUGUUUGUGUCGGGUUAUGGUGUUGAGUUGACGUUGAAGAGGACGGAUUAUAUAGUGAUUGAUGACCGGCAAGCUGCAGAAAGGGAAACCACAAAGGCCAACACGAAAGCGCCAAGUGCCCAAGAUUUAGAGGCGGAGGAAGACGAGGCACUUCCAGAUCUGAAGCCGUUAUCUUCUUCCGAAGUAGCAAAACUAGGAAUGAGUGCGGCCAGUUUUGUGCUCGAUAGUGCGGAUCCGUUUACGACGCUCGUCAAGCUUUCGCAGGAUUUCCCCAAAUAUUCUUCGUCUGUUGCGGCGUAUAAUGCCUCGGAAGAGUUUUCGGAAGAAUACAUGAAGAAUCGCCAAGCUGGACUACCAGUGGGUCGUAAUUCUAUGUGGAUUAAUGGCUUGCAAAUCGAUCCGCGACAAGUUGACGCGUAUUCAUUAUUAGAUUAUCUACGGCGAGAAAGAAAGUCAAUAGCCGAGUUCCAGAAGAUUGGGUUGUCUGCUUCGGAAACUAUUGAGAUUUUGUCUUAUCCUGCAUUGGCUGAAGUGCAGGGAAGUGGCGAAGUGCAACGAUAUGACUGGCGUGAUGAGAUUGAAGGAGGCGGGGUUGUCGUUUGGUUGAAUGAUCUUGAAAAGGACAAGAGAUAUGCCACUUUCCCUAAAACUCUUCAAGCGCUGUUGCAACCGACAUAUCCAGGCCAGUUCCCGUCUGUCGGUCGAGAUAUUCAAAAUGUCGUUGUUCCUAUUGACCUUGCAAAUGUUGACGAUGUUCAAUUUGUUGCCAAGUAUCUUUACGCAUUCAUCAAACGACUGAUACCGGUACGCUUUGGGUUGGUUCUGACAGCCAACACUGAAGAAUCCAAGGCUCAGGCAAAGAUUGCGCAUUAUCUGCACCAGGCGUAUGGCCUGGCUUCGCUGUUGCAGUAUCUUGAGGCAUCUUUGGCUUCUGAGAAAGUGUCUCACGCUCACAAGCCGUCCUUUGAGGCUGCUAUUGCAGAGCGAUCUCUGCGUCCUGAUCAAGAAAGCCUUUCUUUUGAAGAGAUACUUCAGUCAGAGGCACUAGAUGCAACUGUCGCCAAUACAGAAAAGUAUCUCAAACGCUUAGCUCUCAAGGGACCCUCACCACCAACCCUGGUUAACGGAAUCGCCAUGUCUCGCGGCGAAAACUAUCUGCAAGAGCUCCCCAUGCAACUAAGCAGAGAUCUCCAAAUCAUACAACAGGGCCUUAUGCAAGGGGUGUUCAGCGAUUAUGACUAUAUCCCGGAUUACUUCCUCUCGCAAGCCACACAAAGUCGUAACGAAUGGAUUAUUCCUGAACGCGACAGUGGUAUCCUCAUUGCUGACAUUUGUAGAGCUGCUGAGGCACACAAUGAUUUUGCGGAUAUUCUUCGUUUCCCCGCUGAUCGCAAACAUCCAGCUGCCAAUGUGCAGCUUAUCAUUACAGGAGACUUUAAUACUGAGCAUGGUUUUGCGCUUUUGAUAUCUGCUUUGAAGUUUCAUCAGACGCAUCCUGAGGUUGAAAUAGUCCCUCUGCAUAAUCCGGAUACAGAUGAAAAAGUCGGGGAGAAUUCGUCAAAGCUUUAUGAGCUUUUGCGCCAUCCAGAACCCGUUGACCUUGACGAUGUACUCGCUCAGAUACAGUCUGAUGGUUCACACCAAGCCACUCAAAAAGAGGAAGAACAGGCUUAUUGGACACAAGUACAACAGUUGGUUACGGAUCUAGGAUUAUCAGCUGGUAAUUCCACCCUCAUUCUCAAUGGCAGAGUCGUUGGACCACUUCCACCAUCUGUAGAGUUUACGGAGGCAGAUCUCGAGCUGCUAUUAUCAUACGAAACCUCACAACGACUGGGCCCUCUUUCCGCAGCCCUCAAGGACCUUGAUAUUGAGGCCAAAAUAGCAAGCCCCUUGAACUUUGCCAAGCUCACUUCGCUUGUUAUGUUGUCAACAGACUCCGAUGCCCCUGAAGGCGUCUUUGAGCAGAGGCCCAAGUUCCGAUUGAAUGUUUUGAAGAGAUGGAACAGUACCCAUUCUGCUAUUGAUGCGUCCACCAAUACCAAAGACGCAUCAAUCAACAUUGCAGCAGCGGUUGACCCAACAUCGGAAAUGUCGCAGAAAUGGCUUCCUAUCCUCAAGACAUUGUCCAAGUUGGCUGGCGUCAAUGUUCGAAUCUACCUUGCUCCAAAUAGUGAAUUGUCGGAACUUCCAAUCAAAAGGUUCUAUCGACAUGUUUUGGAGUCCGAGCCGACGUUUGACGAGAGUAGAUAUUUGGAACGCCCAGAAGCGUCGUUCACGGGUUUACCUCAAGAUGCACUAUUGACUCUAGGAAUGGAUGUCCCCUCUUCUUGGCUUGUUGCUCCCAAGUAUUCUAUUCAUGACUUGGAUAAUAUAAAAUUGAGUGCGAUUAAAGACGGAUCUGAUGUUGACGCGAUAUAUGAGUUGGAACACAUCCUGAUAGAAGGACACUCCUCAGACACCACGCUCCGAUCUCCGCCUCGUGGUGUUCAACUGUUGUUAGAAACUGAAAAGGGAUCUUUCUUCGCUGAUACCAUUGUCAUGGCUAAUUUGGGCUAUUUCCAGUUCAAAGCACAACCGGGUUUCUGGAAGAUUGAGCUCAAAGAAGGACGCAGUCGAGACAUUUUCCAGCUCGACAGCAUUGGUGGCGGACAACAGAGCAGUGGUACCAAUGAAGUUGCAUUACUCUCCUUCCAGGGAAAAACACUCUUCCCUCACCUUUCACGCAAGCCGGGACAAGAACAGGAAGAAGUUUUGGAGACUGGGCCCAAACCAGGGUCCGCAAUGGACUAUGUCUCCAAGGGCCUCAACUUUGCUCAGGGCGUCUUGUCGAGCGUUGGAGUCAAGCACACGGGAAAGAGCGAGUCGGAUGAGAAACAUGCCGAAAUCAAUAUCUUUUCCGUGGCCAGCGGCCAUCUGUAUGAACGCAUGCUCAACAUCAUGAUGGUCUCGGUGAUGAAAAACACCAACCACAGCGUCAAAUUCUGGUUCAUCGAGCAAUUCCUCUCCCCGUCUUUCAAGUCUUUCCUGCCUCACCUCGCAGAAGAAUACGGCUUCACCUACGAAAUGGUAACAUACAAAUGGCCGCAUUGGCUUCGCGGCCAACGUGAGAAACAAAGAGAAAUCUGGGGCUACAAGAUCUUGUUCCUGGACGUCCUCUUCCCCCUCUCUUUAGAUAAAGUCAUCUUCGUCGACGCCGAUCAAAUAGUCCGCACAGACAUGUACGACCUCGUCACGCUCGACCUCGAAGGAGCCCCUUACGGAUUCACACCCAUGUGCGAUUCGCGCGAAGAAAUGGAAGGCUUCCGCUUCUGGAAACAAGGGUACUGGAAAUCGUACCUCCGGGACCUGAAAUACCACAUCUCUGCCCUAUAUGUCGUCGACCUUCAACGUUUCCGUGAACUCGCCGCCGGUGAUAGGUUACGGGGUCAAUACCAAGCGCUAUCCGCGGAUCCGGAAUCCCUGGCAAACCUCGACCAGGACCUACCCAACCACAUGCAGACUCUAAUCCCAAUCAAGAGUCUCCCGCAAGAUUGGCUGUGGUGCGAAACGUGGUGCUCGGAUGAAGCGCUCAAGACGGCAAAGACGAUUGAUCUGUGUAAUAAUCCGUUGACUAAAGAGCCCAAGUUGGAGAGGGCGAGGAGGCAGGUCCCCGAGUGGACUGUUUAUGAUGAUGAGAUUGCGGAGUUGGCGAAGAGGGUUGCCUCGACCUCGACCUCGACUUCGACCUCUGAGAAAGAUGAUGUUGAUGAGGGGGGAGAGGAGGAGGAGAUAUAUGAGAGGAAGGAUGAGUUGUAG